UUCAUUCAGGUGAACUUUUUCAUAAAGGUCGCGGUGCUGGAGCCCUUUACCUGAAGCCUCACGAGGCUGCCACAAACAGCACUGUAGAACGACCGAGUAACUGGCUCCUGGGGUUUCCUUCUGUGAUUUAUUUUGUGCAUCUCCUCCCCAGAAAAGCACGUCUGGUCCGACCUUUUGAUGGAGAGAACUGCUGAAGCCAUGACUGCUGCUUGGCUCCUCUCUGCUCUCACCUUCGCGCUUCUGUGCGGGGAGGGCGGUGCCUGGUCCUACCACGCCUCCGACGAGCCCAUGACCUUCGACGAGGCCAGCGCUUACUGCCAGCGCAGAUACACCCACCUGGUGGCCAUUCAGAACCAGGACGAGAUUCGGUACCUGGACUCCGUGUUCAGCCACGUGCAAACUUACUACUGGAUCGGGAUCCGAAAGGUCAACGGCCGGUGGGUGUGGAUAGGGACCCAGAAGCCUCUGACGGAGGAAGCCGCCAACUGGGCUCCCGGGGAACCCAACAACAAGCAGAGCAACGAGGACUGCGUGGAGAUCUACAUCCAGAGGGCGCAGGACCGGGGCAAGUGGAACGACGAGAGAUGCAGCAAGAGGAAGUUCGCCCUGUGCUACCGGGCUGCCUGCACCCAGGGGGCCUGCAGCGGCCGCGGGGACUGCGUGGAGACCAUCAACAACUACACCUGCCAGUGCCACCCCGGCUUCAGCGGGCUGCAGUGUGAGGAAGCUGUGAGCUGUGGGGCCCGGGAAGCCCCCGAGCACGGGCGCCUGGUGUGCACCCACCCGCUGGGAAACUCCCGCUACCAGUCUUCCUGCGCCCUGCGCUGCGAGGAGGGCUACCGGCCCAGCAGCCCCGAGGCUGCGCGGUGCACGCCCUCCGGGGAGUGGAGCGCGCCCCUUCCGCGCUGCCAAGUGGUUGAGUGUGACGCUCUGACGGGUCCUGCUGAUGGAUUCGUGGAUUGUUCCCGAAGCUCAGGAAGCCUCCCGUGGAACACAAGCUGCACGUUUCGCUGCAGGGAAGGGUUUGAGCUGGUGGGGCCCCCGCGCCUCCAGUGCACCUCGUCCGGGGCCUGGGACACCGAGAAGCCCACGUGUAGAGCUGUGACCUGCGGCGUCCUCGGCCCACUGCGGAACGGCUCGGUGACCUGCAGCCCUCCCCUCGGUCACCCUGGCCCCCAGGCCCCAGAGCUCCCCGUCGGGGCCUCCUGCAGCUUCACUUGCGACAAGGGCUUCCUGCUGCGGGGACCCACCCGGGUUGAGUGCGCGGCGCAGGGACAGUGGACGCAGCAAGCGCCGGUGUGCGAAGCUUUCCAGUGCAAAGCCCCGUCCCGCCCCCAGAGAGGCCACAUCCACUGUCUUCCCAGCGCUUCCGGAACUUUCCAAACUGGGUCCAGCUGCGCCUUCUCCUGCGAGCAGGGCUUCGCGCUGAAGGGACCCGCCAGGCUCCAGUGCGGCCCCACGGGGGAGUGGGACAGCCAGGAGCCCACCUGCGAAGCCGUGAGAUGUGACCCCGUCCGCCGGCCCCAGAGCGGCUGGGUGAGGUGCCCCGGGGGCCCCGCUGGGGAGCUGGGCCCCGGCUCCUCCUGCACCUUUGGCUGUGAGGAGGGCUUCCAGCUGCGAGGAGCGGCCCGGCUCGAGUGCACGGCUCGGGGACAGUGGACACAGCAGGAGCCCUCCUGCCAAGCGGUCCGGUGCUCGCUCCUGGAGCCUCCCAGCAAGGUGAACGUGAGCUGCAGCGCCGAGCCUGUGUUCGGCGCCGUGUGCACCUUCGCCUGCCCCGAGGGAUGGACGCUGAACGGCUCCGCGGCUCUGACGUGCGGCGCCACAGGACACUGGUCUGGGGUGCUGCCCACGUGUGAAGCUCCCGCCCCGUCCAGCGUGCCCUUGGCCGUCGGGCUGUCUGCGGCUGGAGCCUCCCUCCUGACAUCAGCGUCGUUUCUCCUCUGGCUCCUGAAACGCCUCCGGAAGAAAGCCAAGAAAUUCGUUCCCACCAGCAGCUGCCAAAGCCUUGAGUCGAGUGGCUCCUACCUAGUGCCUUCUGAGUCCAUUUAAGUCCAAAAGGAAUCAGGAACACAGGUAAACUGGGAAGUGCCCUGAAGAUGGCAGAGGCAGAGCUCUCCUUGGAUCUCAGGCCCUUCCCACCUACUGCAGCUGGACUGCAGUCCCCCAGAGACCUUCGAAGGAUCAAAGUCCAGUGGGCAAGGCCAGCCUGCCACCCAAAAGACUCAUGUUCUUUUCCCUAGUCUCAGGAUCUGGAAAGUGCUGGCUACUAGGGGGAAAGGAUAUUCUCUUCCAGGCCAAAGUGAAGAGCCCGCCGCUCUGGAAUCUUGGACUCCCUUUUCUAACUCUCCGUGGCUCCUGGCGAAGUCUUCCUGGAGAAACCCAGUACUUUGUGACAUUGUUUCUUUCUUUUGUCCCUCACAGUGUUUCAACUGCUGGUUACAAAGUUGCUGUCAUGGGCUGCAUUAUAAUUGUCAAAAGUUUAGAGGAAACAAAUUGGCCAAAGAUAUUCUGUUGCUGACUUGAAAAAAAAAACAAACAAACCACAUUUUUGUUAAUGGUGCAAAUCUUACUGAAGACUCCUUUGUGGGGAUUACUAAACAAAGCCUGAAUCACUCUUAUCCCUGUGGGAUUCAGUGCUUUUCAAAAUAUUCUUGGAGAGCGCAUUCUUUUGACUUGCAUGGAGUAUGUAUUCCAUAAUUCUUAAUUCAGUAUAAGUGCUGUAAGGACUUUAAUAUUGUGUAAAUGUUAGGACUAUGACCAGGUAAUAGCCACUUUCCUAGAUCACCACCUCUUUAUUUAUUAACAAAUUCUAACGUUGCAUCUGCAGAUUUGAAUAUAUUUCAAAAAAAGGCAAAUACUAUCUCCUAACAAUGUACAGUGGUGACCAGUGUAACAUGAGAGUUUUGUUGUUGUUCUGUUUUUUGGUUGUGUUUGUUUGUUUUAUUUUUGUUUGU